GAAAAGGUUCCCUUCCCCCUGUCGCGGCCCUUCGCCAGCUCCCUACGAGCUCUUUACUUUGCACUCCGCAGGAGUCAGCUCUCCUAUGCUCAGCUUGAUUGUGUGGACCCUGCUGCUCGCCCUGUCCCUCCUGGCCGCUCAGCCCUCUGCAAACAAGACACCUGUGGUUGCCUACAGCACAUUUAGCCUGUUGAGUGACGGAGCUGCAGACGACCAGCCGCACGUCCGUGCGCUCAGCACCCGGCCACCACGUCCAGCAGCAAGCGGCAGCCGCAUCAUCGUGAAGCUCAAGCACCCACACACCGAGAGCCUUGCUCGCGCAGAGACCAUCUCGAGGGCACUCCAGGCCUCCCAGCCAGCUCGUCGCGCCCUAAUGGACGCUGUGACUCACACGGCUGAGACGACAAUUCACCACCUCAACAGCUUGUCCAUGGACACAGUGGACCUGCCGCCCGGUGUCGAUGCAGUGGCCACAUGCGAGUCUGCCCUUCUCGUGUCGUCUGAUAUCGACAUCUGCGAGCCGGAUGCCCUUGUUGCGUCGACCUCUGGCCGCAGGCUGCGUGCCCGAGCGGCACAGGAGCCCAACCGAUGGGUGCCCAACGACCCAAUCUUUGAGGAACAGUGGGAGAUGGCCAGCAUCGAUAUGCCCGAGGCGUGGGCCGUUUUGUCUGAGCAGCAGGAGGAUGAGGAAGCGGCCGGCCCAGUGGGCAAGGGACCGGUAGUCGGGGUGAUUGACAGCGGUGUUGACUAUACCCACCCGGACCUGAAGGACGCCAUGUGGGUCAAUGAAGGCGAGAUCGCCGGCAACGGCAUCGAUGACGACGGUAGGUCCCGAGGGAUAGGAGUAUACGAUCUGCAUCCAUUCCUGGGUGUGUAUGUGUCUGUGUGCAGGAAAUGGCUUCGUAGAUGACAUUCAUGGCUGGGCUUGGUGCGACGGACCCUUUUACCCGGACACUAGCGACGGCGAUCCUAUGGAUACACAUGGCCAUGGGACUCACUCUGCCGGCACGAUUGCAGCAACCGCGAACAACCGACAGGGCAUCGCAGGCAUCGCAGGCGUCGCAUUUGGCAGAGAGAAGAUCAUGGCACUCAAAGUCCUCUGUUCGGUAAGCCAAGCAGAACACAGGGUCGCCAAGCGCUUGAAUCACAUGUCUGUGCCCCUGCCUUUUCAUCAGGGUGGUCAGGGUUCUUUUUCUGACACGAUCCAGGCGAUCAACUAUGCGGUUGCCAUGGGGGCCACACUCACAAGCAACAGCUACGGAGGCGGCUUUCCGUUCAGGGCGCGGGAGGCGGCCAUCAGGAAGGCGGAGGAGGCCAACAUGCUGUUCGUCGCCGCCGCCGGCAACGAACACGUCAAUACCGACAUCACGAAACACUACCCGUCGUCGCUUGGGCUGGACAGUAUCAUCAGCGCCGGCGCGACGGAUAGCGAUGGAAAGAGGGCGUGUUUCAGUAAUUACGGCCUUGAGAGUGUGGACGUGUUCGCGCCGGGAACGGACAUCUACUCGACUAUGCCGGGUGGCAAGUAUGCCUCCGCCAGCGGCACCAGUGUGGCAGCGCCAUUCGUCGCUGGUACGCGCGGAUGUGGCACCGGAGUAAGGACCAGCCAAUCAAGUGCUGGUUUGCUCGUGCCUUCUUCGCUUAGGUGUGGCUGCUCUAUUGUGGUCGACGGAUCUGGCGCAGAGCUUUCGUGACAUCAAGGGCCGGAUUCUGGCGACUUCCGAGAAGAUGGACUCGCUUGAUUGCCUGUGCGUCACGGGUGGCCAGGUCAACGCACGGAAGGCCGUCAGGUGUGUCGAUUGCAAAUGGACGCCUCCUGUGCGGACCAGCGAGUGCAAAUCGACGCCUCAGGUGCAGACCGCAGAGUGCGAAUGGACCACUGAAGAGCCGCCGACCUCUCCUCUUUGGGGCAUCUUUCUUACCAUUCUUUCCCCUUGGUUUGGCGUAGUCUCUUGGCUGGCCUGAGAUAUCUAUCAGCCAAUCCUGGCCGUCCUGUCGACGUGCACAUGUAUGGUGUGUACAGAUUUUUGCGGGUAGCAUGCUGUACUGUUAGGUGAGGGGUGUGUGUAGAUUCGUCGGUUGGACGUUUUCGCCUCCAGCGCCGCGCCACUCACUGCCACUCCUCACGCAGCCUAGUUGGUUGCCUCUGCUCUGUGGUGUGUGCAUGAAUAAGACGAAUAUUGUUUUUAUGAUUGGUACAGUAGUGCGUAUCCAUGUCGGUGCUCUGCUAAGCCGUCGUCGCUCAGCGAGCUCUGACCUUAUCAGACCUGAGUGUUUGCUCUCCACGUCCCCGUUCGUUGUCUGUUGAUAGUCGGCCGCGGUGACUGCGCGGUGGUGUGUGCAUAUGAUCACCGUUGUCUGGUACGUAUGGGAUAAGACGGAUAAGAGAGGGAGACAUGCGGGUGAAUGAUAUGAUACAACCAGUUGCAACGACAUAUACACACAAUCAUAUGUGCGGCCGUACUCAAUGAAUUUAAAACGUCU